ACGGUAAGGCAGCACUCCGAAGAUGGCCGGGGUGUUUGAGGUGGAGGUUGAUGGUGUAGAGCACGACCAUGGACUGGAGCAUCACGAUGAACCGCACCAGUUUGAUGUGUCCAAGCUCUCGCCAGAGGAGAAGUGGAGGGUGGAGCAUGCAAGAAUGCAUGCCAAACACAAAGGUCAUGAGGCCAUGCACGCAGAGAUGGUCCUGAUCCUGAUAGUCACUCUUGUCGUCGCCCAGCUAGUCCUUGUGCAGUGGAAACAGAGACAUCCAAAGUCAUACAAUCUGGUGACUCUGUUCCAGAUGUGGGUAGUUCCUCUCUACUUUACUACCAAACUUCACUGGUGGAGGUUCCUGACCACGUGGUUUAUCUUCUCUGUCAUCACAGCAUACAUCUCCUACCGUGCCACACGCAAGCCACUGGCCUGCACCACGCCGAGGUUGGUGUAUAAGUGGUUCCUCCUGCUCUACAAGAUCAGCUACGCCACAGGAAUAGUUGGCUACAGUGUCGUCAUGUUUACACUUUUUGGUAUAAACUUAAUAUUCAGGAUAAAGCCAGAGGAUGCAAUGGACUUUGGCGUUUCACUGUUAUUCUACGGUCUGUACUACGGGGUCCUGGGAAGAGACUUUGCAGAGAUGUGUGCAGACUUCAUGGCUUCAACUGUUGGGUAUUACAGUGCAUCCGGCAUGCCAACCAAGCACCUCUCCGACAAUAUCUGUGCUGUGUGCGGGCAGCCCAUCCUCGUAGAUGUCAGUGAGGAGGGGAUUAUCGAGAACACGUACAGAUUAUCCUGCAACCAUGUGUUCCAUGAGUUCUGCAUAAGAGGAUGGUGCAUCGUCGGAAAGAAGCAGAUGUGCCCGUACUGCAAAGAGAAGGUGGAUCUGAAGAGGAUGUUCAGCAAUCCCUGGGAGAGGCCACACGUCAUGUAUGGACAACUUUUAGACUGGCUGCGGUACUUGGUGGCCUGGCAGCCUGUUAUUAUUGGAUUUGUGCAAGGCAUCAACUACGUGCUGGGUCUCGAGUGACCUGCGACUCUCAGAAAAUGGACAUAACACGCCAUACAGAGAAGAUAUGCACUGGCUCAAAAGACUGAGGGCCUAACAUUGAACUAAAACACCAAUAAAAAGUGUCUAUACUUUUUUGUAUAUAUUUAUAGGCACAUAUCUGUAUUUUACAGUUUAUUUGAAUUUUAUUGGUAAUCUGAAUUUGGAUGUCUGUGUCAAUUUCCCAGGAUUUGCUUCACACAGCAAUGAUAAUUGGUUUGUGCAUCUUUUGGCCUAGUAAAGCGGUUCCAAAAAAAAAAAAAAUCAUUAGGGAGGUGCUUUUUACUAAUUUAUGUCUUAAGUGUUUGUUAAUUCUUUAGUUAGGACCGUGCUGGAGUUUUUAUCCUCAUGUCUGAUGGCUAUCACACAUGAGUAAUAAAGAUUGAAUGGUUACCAA